GUGUGUGUGUGUGUGUCUAUGGUUUCUCUCUCCCUUGUAAGAACGCGGCCUGCCUGUCUGCUGCCGUUGCUGCUGCUCUUUCUCUUUCCUGCCUCUCUCUUCUCUUUUCUCUUUCCACUUAGCUCCUUGCCUUCUGAUACUACUCGAAGUAUGGAGACUAAUCAACCUGUACAACUCUCAGUGGAACCACAGUCAACACCUCCAGAGGACAGUUCCUCAUCGUUACCCAGUCAAAAUGGCCCGGAGAAGCCAGAUGGCCAGGAUUCCUCAACUCCACUCCAAGAACCAGACAAAGAGGCAAGUGUGCAACCUGAAAAGGGAGCUCAUGAUAUCUCUGAAGAGUUGAAUCAACAACUGGAAGACAUCAUAAACACAUACGGGUCUGCUGUGGGAAAAACAGGGAAAGAGGGUGCUGCCAGAGCCAAGGAGCAGCCUGAGAAUGCAGAAUUGCCCGACAAUGAGGACGGGGACUGCGAAGAGACAGCUGAAGAGGCCGAAAGAGAACUUACUGCUCCUGGAGAGCCAUCUGCAGCCAAAGAGCCUGUCAGCAAUAAAGAGCAGAAGUUGGAAAAGAAAAUCUUAAAAGGAUUAGGCAAAGAAGCCAACCUUCUAAUGCAAAAUCUGAACAAGUUGCACACACCUGAAGAAAAGCUUGAUUUUUUAUUCAAGAAGUAUGCUGAAUUGCUGGAGGAACAUCGCACUGAGCAAAAGAAGUUAAAGCUCCUACAAAAGAAACAAGUACAAGUCCAAAAAGAAAAGGACCAGUUACAAAGUGAACACAGCAGAGCUAUCCUCGCUCGCAGCAAACUGGAGAGUCUGUGCCGGGAGCUGCAGAGACACAACAAGACUCUGAAGGAGGAAUCCCUUCAGCGGGCACGUGAUGAGGAAGAGAAAAGGAAGGAGAUCACAAGUCAUUUCCAGAGCACCCUGACGGAUAUCCAGGCCCAGAUUGAGCAGCAGAGUGAGCGGAAUAUGAAGCUGUGCCAGGAGAACACAGAGCUUGCUGAGAAACUGAAGAGCAUCAUCGAUCAGUAUGAACUCAGAGAGGAGCAUCUGGACAAAAUAUUUAAACACAGAGAAUUGCAGCAGAAGCUGGUGGAUGCAAAACUUGAGCAGGCGCAAGAAAUGAUGAAGGAAGCCGAGGAGCGACACAGUCGAGAAAAGGAAUAUCUCCUGAACCAGGCAGCAGAGUGGAAGCUUCAGGCCAAAGUGCUGAAGGAACAAGAGACAGUCCUACAGGCUCAGCUUACUCUCUACUCUGGAAGGUUUGAAGAGUUCCAGAGCACACUGACAAAAAGCAAUGAGGUGUUUGCCACUUUCAAACAGGAAAUGGAUAAAACAACUAAGAAAAUGAAGAAACUGGAAAAAGACACAGCCACGUGGAAAGCCCGGUUUGAGAACUGUAACAAAGCCCUCUUGGACAUGAUUGAAGAGAAAGCGCUGAGAGCGAAAGAAUACGAGUGCUUCGUGAUGAAAAUUGGGAGGCUGGAGAAUCUCUGUCGAGCUUUACAAGAAGAGAGAAAUGAACUUUACAAAAAAAUUAGAGAAGCGAAAAUGCCUGAAAAGGAAGACCCUUCCAAUGAAGAGCCAGAGUCAAGUGUGUCUGUGAAUGAAGAGGUCAAUGCAGAGGCCAAGAAGGUAGAAGAAGCUGUGAAAAAUCUGGCCGCAGCCUUCAUGGUAAUUCAUCAUCCAGAGUCUGCCUUUGACCAACUCAAAGCAAUCCAACCAGAAUUAGGCAGCCCUCAAGGAGGCAGUGUCAUUGCCCUCAAGGAGCCAGAACAACCCCCUCUGUUUCUUUCAUUCGAAUCAGAGAGCCCCCUGACUCCCCAAAGUCCUCAGGCUAAGGCCGAAGGAGGUAAUGAGGCAGAAACUCUCCCCAAGACCAUUGACUCCCAAGCUGGGGGAGCAGAGGUCUGUGGUGAGGGCCUCGCUGCUGGAGCAGAGGCUGAUGAGCAACCCCAGAAGCCAGAGGCAGAAACUUCUGGUCAGACCCCACUGUCCCCAGCCCAGGCCUCCCUACCAGUGAUGGAGGCAAAUGGUCCUGCUCCAGCACUCCCAGCAGGUGAGGAAGUUUUAGCUGGAGUGCCCGGAUGUGAGCAACCCCCACCACCAGCAGCUGGGGAACUGCCAGCAGGGUCUUCAGCAGGGCCCCAGCUGCCCAAAGUGGCUGACACCAACCUGGAGGGAGUAGACUAAGCCUCAUCAUGCCCUUUGAAGCUGUUCUUCCUGACUUUGCACCUUCACAUUACAGAUCUGAAAGAGAUAUAAAGGGCUAGGGAUGUCAGGUGGAAGAGACUUAAUUAGGAUCAAGACAUUUUCAAAUG